CACUAGGCUGAACUUAUGCUGACGGUUGUAUCAAAGGAAACCAAGAUGGGAACAGUCGAUUUUCUAAAUUUUCAAGUUUCAGACAAAGUAUCACAAAAAUGAGUAAAAAUUUCGGAGAAACUCAUAAAGGUAUUUCAAGCAAUGAUUCGAUCAUCCCAAACAAGUCUUGCCAUUCGGAGGACACCCCGAUUCGCGGCAAAGAGCUCAAAAAGGCCUCUAAGAAGAAACUUUCUCGAACAACUACUAAACCUCGUCUGAGCGGUGGUGCAGACGAUGGGCCCGAGGACAAUGUUUCGGGCACGAACAAGGCCGUUCGGAUGAACGAUUCCAGUAUGGGGGGUCCCCAGGAUAACACCGCGGGUACGAACAAGUCCGUUCGUAUGAAUAACACUAGCAUGGGUGGGCCCGAGGACAACACUUCCCGUUCCGGCCCUGCGGACAAUUCACGAUCGGACCCAGUGGAUCAUCAUUCGCAAUCCGACCCAGUGGAUAAUUUGCGAUUUGACGGUCCUGAGGACCAUCAUUCACGGUCCGGUCCAGUAGAUCAUCAGUCGCGAUCGGGUAUGGAAGGACCUGUGGAUUUACAUGAGUCCCGGUCAGGUAUGGGAGGUCCCGUGGACCUUCAUGCAUCAACGCCCUCUAGAUCCGUAGACCAUCGUGGUAGGGGGACACCUUUUAGAUCAGGCUUGGAAGGGCCAGAGGAUAACGUAGCGUACGAGGGGCCUGUAGACCUCUAUUCUGGGCAGGCUCUUCCUAGCACUGGAGACCCUCGAGUUGACGAGAUGCUGGACUGUUCGCUGCAUAAUCUGUCGGAAGCCAAUCUGGCGCUGACGAGUCUCAGCGAGAACCUCGAGCACGAGCUGAAGCUGUCCCUGGUAGAGCUGAUGAACCGGACGCGCAAGUGGACUAGCCUCGUCGAGAACAAGAUCGAGUGGUCGCGUAAGGACAUUCUGAACCUGCAUCAAGAGCUAGCCAAGAUCAUGGCCUCUCUGAAGGAGAGCCGCCGCGAGUCGUCCAUGCUGAGGGAUCAGCUGACAAGCAGUGAAGCGGCCAAGUCUAUGGCUGACUCUUCGAUGAACGAGAAAAUGCGCAACGGUCAGAUGUUCGACAACACGGGACAGUUGUUGGCGGUGUCGGGCCUUCCCAGCGCGCAGAGUACCGGCCACGACCAGCAACAUCAGUCGGCUGUUCCGUCGUCAGUGCGCAGCGCUCAACUCGAGCAUCAUCAGAGCGCCGGUUUGAUCUCCCCGCGGAGUCAGAGCCGUUCGCACAUCAUGUCAGCCGCUCUCGCUAAGCAGACUCCCGGAAGCCUAAGUCCAGCGGAACUGGCGACCGUCCACGCAGAGGAGGAACGACUUCAGUCAUGUUGCGCGGAGUUGGAGGCUGAGGUGCAAGAGUUGCGCAAAGAGAACGAGAGGAUCGUGAAGGAGCGAGCAGAGUACGAGAACGCGAUUCAACGCGCUUUGCUGAAAGGCGUCUCGUCGCUCAACGUCGAGGCGCUCAAGGUUCUGCGAUGCUCGCCGAUUCCAAACUGUUGCACGCCCUGUCCACCGUCCAGUACCAUUGAGCCCGUAAGCAAGCCCCGGGACUGUUCGACUACACUGCACUGCGGCGGCACUAAAUCUUCGAAUGGUAACGAAAAUAAAGCCUGCAAUAACGGCAGGAGCGUUACCGCAGCCAGUAGUGGCUGCAGGAGUCACAAUGGCUCAAGAGAAGCACUGUACAGCGGUAACGGAAACGGAAGGAGAGUCUGUCCAAGUGCUGGUCAUCACCAAGAGCGCAAGCAGAGAAAGUCGCGUGACAACAAUAUGCUGCUAUUGCUGCACCAAAAAGACGCCGAAUGCUACGGCAUACAGACUGGAUCUAACUGUUGUGAUAACGCUGCAAAGAAGAGUUCAGCCUACGGCAGUGACAACUGUGGGAAGCAUAAUUCGAAAUCCAGCUAUAUGUGCUAAUUCUGCAGGCUUUUUCAACUAACUUCUGAAACUGUAUGUAUUUAAUAUUUUUUAUAUAUUUUUUUAUGGUGAUCAAAAUCAAAUGAAAAGGCAAUUCAAUUUUUUUUUUUCAAAAUAUAAUAAAACUAUAUAAUAUAUCAGAAAAAUAUUUUUAACAUUGAAAUUUUACAUCCUUGGGUGCAGUGCGAAAACAAUCUAGUAACACGUACGCAAUCUUUAGUGAAGAAGGCAUAUGGUUGUCGAUAGAGUUGCACAUAGAUAUAUCAUCGCUGGAUACAUUCUUGUCGUUGUAAAUAUUAAAAACAAAAAGAAAGUAUAGAUUAACGGCAGAAUAAGUAAUCGCUUAAAGUCCCCACGAAAUCGUUCGGUUUAACGCGUGGCAUUACAAUUUUUCCACGUUCAAAGGAAAAUUGAACAAAACGACGAUAAAAAAACCGAUACAAUGCGAACGGCUUACUAACAAACCUAAGAAUACUAAAAGAAAACAAUUACCUACUGAACAAAGAAUGCAUAUUAAGAGAUUCAUUUCUGCUAUGUACAAUUGUUAGAGAGCGUAAUAAUAAUAAUUAAUAAUUAUUAUAAAUCAACGUUCCGAACAAACGGUCGAUGUUAUAAUAAAUUAAAUUGCUAAACUACUGUUAUUGCAAUAUUCCCUUAAAUACAAUAUGUAAGCAUAUAACGUAGUAGAAAACCAAUCCAAAAUUGGACAGAAAAAUAAGCUUUAUCGUUCAAUUUAUAAGUAUAUUCAAAAUAGUGGUUUUCAUUCAAUGAUCCAACGUUAAAUAAGAAUAAAAAUGUCCGCAAUAAUCGCUACUACAGUUUCACGAUUGGUCAUUUUCUUAAACAUUUCAAUAUAGUGGAAUGUAACUAACAAUUCUUUUCUACUUUCAGUGUGGAUUUCAAAGUUGAUAUUACAAAAAAAUGAUCGAAAAUCUUAUAUCAUUUCAUGCUUUUAAAUAUCAUAAUCUUUAAUCACAAAGAGCUAUCAACUUUGAAUCUCAUUUGAAAUGUGUGCGUAUAUAACGUAUGCAAUACAUAGUGCAUUGGCAAGGCACAGUAAGUGGCUGAAUUACUGUGCGUUUCGCCGCACUUUAUAAUCGAUCGCGUAAACGCACACAGACGAGAACGCCUUCGUCCUUUCGCUUCUUUUUUUUCUUCUUCGUCUCCUUUUUUUCUAUGUAGGUACGCGUUGGGCAACGCGCGUCACUUUAUUGGAGCUUAUAGUGCUACUCCAAGACAUUCGAUGUACGCAACGAGAAAUAAAUAAUAAAAUGUGGCCUUCUGUAAAUUUUUUGUUGAUUAACUUUUAUACAAAUUACGACUGCUUUUUUAAAAAUCGUGUAUACGUAUAGUUUGGUACUGAGAGAUAUUACUUUAGUACAUGGAAAUUGGUUGUAAAGUCAUUGUAGCAAUAUCAAAUAUAAAUCUAUAUAUGAAUGUAUAUCUAUAGGUAUACAAAAGGCCAUAAAAUAUUAAGUCUCGCUUACGCUUGAUUUUGGUACGCUUUCAAACAGAAGCCUUCACUAAACUUUAUCACCUGUUUACUUUUUUCGUUUUUAUUAUAAAAAAAAAAACUCGAGUAUAAAUCGAGCUCACAUUGUAGAUUAA